CUAACACAAUUCAUUUUCUGCACGUACUUUUAUUCUCUCCAUUUUUGCUACUAUUCCGAUUGUUUGUUUCUUCAUAGUUGCUUUCAACGUGCGAUAAAAGAGAGGAUUAAUGGCAAAAUCACCAGAGCAAGAGCACCCCAUUAAGGCAGCUGGAUGGGCUGCCAGGGAUUCUUCCGGAGUCCUCUCCCCCUUCAAAUUCUCGAGAAGGGCAACCGGAGACAAGGACGUAACAUUCAAAGUUCUUUACUGUGGGAUAUGCCACUCGGACCUUCACAUGCUCAAGAAUGAAUGGGGCACGUCCUUUUACCCCCUUAUCCCUGGGCAUGAGUUUGUGGGUUUAGUGACAGAGGUGGGGAGCAAGGUACAGAAAUUCAAAGUUGGAGACAAUGUUGGCGUAGGCUGCAUGGUUGGAGCUUGUCACUCUUGCGAUAACUGCUCGAACAACCUUGAAAAUUACUGCCCAAAAUCGAUCCUCACCUAUGGCGCCAAGUACUAUGAUGGAACCACAACAUAUGGUGGCUACUCCGACAUCAUGGUUGUGGACGAGCACUUUGUCGUCCGUAUUCCAGACAACCUACCGCUUGAUGCUGGUGCUCCCCUCCUUUGUGCUGGGAUUACUGUGUACAGCCCCUUGAGAUUUUAUGGACUUGACAAACCCGGCAUGCAAUUGGGUGUGGUUGGCCUUGGUGGGCUAGGCCAUGUGGCUGUGAAGUUCGCUAAAGCUAUGGGGGUUAAGGUGACAGUGAUCAGUACCUCACCCAAGAAGGAGAAGGAAGCUUUGGAACAUCUUGGCGCUGACUCGUUUUUGGUUAGCACUGACCAAGAUCAGAUGCAGGCUGCCCAGGGCACUUUGGAUGGUAUCAUUGAUACGGUCUCGGCAAAGCAUCCUCUCCUGCCUCUAAUUGGCCUGUUGAAGUCACAUGGAAAGCUCGUCAUGGUUGGUGCGCCAGAGAAGCCACUAGAGCUACCAGUCUUUCCUUUGCUAUUGGGAAGGAAGAUGGUAGGUGGUAGUUGCAUUGGAGGCAUGAAGGAGACACAAGAAAUGGUUGAUUUUGCAGCCAAACACAACAUAACAGCUGACAUUGAGGUUAUCCCAAUUGAUUAUGUGAACACUGCCAUGGAGCGCCUCUCGAAAGCCGAUGUGAGAUACCGUUUUGUCAUCGACAUUGGGAACUCAUUGAAGUCGAGCUUUUGAAUUCUGCGUUUUAGGAUAAUAAAAGAUACUGAAGGAUAUUUUGGUUUGGGAUUUUUAAGAUUUAGUGGGAUAUUGUGAGCCUUGUGAUUUUUUCCCUUUAUUAGAUGCAUGGCAGCGUCAUAACUUGGGAGAUAGGUGUGUUAUGGUCAAUUAAGAUUACUUUGUGGAAUUUAUGGAAUUCUCCAUAAUAAAUGCACUAGCAUAGAACUUAUGUUUUGAUUGGGUUUUUAUUUAUGCUUUUGAAUAUAAAUGUUAUUUAAGAUAAUUGCUUUUGCAAUUAUUGAGGUUUUGAAUUAAAA